CCUACGCAAACGACACGCGACAGAGUUUCUUUCUACAAAACAUCUUCAAUUGGAAAAUAACACCGAGUUUCAGAAUGAACAAGACUUCUCAUACUGAUGAACCCUUUGAGGGCGAUGACGGCUAUAACCAGAGCCCAAACCCGAAUUCUAGCGAUCUGACUACCAACGCUGACUUUAACGGGCUCGUCAACAGUCGCACUUCUCUGAACGACGGUUCUCGUGCUCUGCCUGACGCAGCGGCCAAUAUGUCGGGACAGAUAGCCAACGAUGCGCCUACCGAAACUCCCGGCGGCAGUAAGGCGAAGCUUCGGCUGGCUCAUCGGUCAAUUGACCAUGGCCAGCCCUCAGGCGGUCUGCCCUCAGCACCCGCCAACCCGCCAGCACCAGCUGGUUCCGCCGAUAACGGCACGCCAAUUCAACGUCUGAAGGAGAUGCUCAUCAAAUUUGGAUCGUUCAUCGGGCCUGGAUUCAUGAUUUCAGUUGCAUACAUUGACCCCGGCAAUUACUCUACCGACAUCGCUGCUGGCGCUUCUUAUCGCUUUCGUCUGUUGUUCAUUGUGUUGCUGUCGAAUGUUUUUGCUAUUUUUCUGCAGAGUUUGGCGAUUAAGCUUGGGACUGUUAGUGGACUUAAUCUUGCGCAGGCUUGUCGGGCGUUUUUGCCGAGAUGGUUGAAUUAUAUUUUGUAUGUUUUUGCUGAGGCUGCUAUUAUUGCUACGGAUAUCGCUGAGGUCAUCGGUUUUGCUAUUGCACUUAAUCUUCUGGUCCCAAAGAUUCCACUCGUGGCAGGAUGUGCCAUUUCUAUCCUCGAUGUCAUGGUUCUCCUCAUUUUCUACCGGCCUGAAGGAUCCAUGAAGGGCUUACGGUAUUUUGAGAUAUUCAUCAUGUGCCUGGUUCUUGGCGUGGUUGUUUGCUUUUGCAUUCAGCUAUCUCUGAUCAAAGAUACCACACCCGGCGAGGUCUUUCAAGGUUAUCUCCCGUCAAAGUAUCUCAUCGAGUCUGAAGCGAUUUACCAGGCCUGUGGCAUCCUCGGCGCGACAGUCAUGCCCCACAGUCUAUACCUUGGAUCCGGCAUUGUUCAACCCCGUCUACGUGAAUACGAUGAACUGAGUGCCCUGUUACCUCGUCAAGUCGCCUCAGAGCCAUCCAUUGUUGACGACAGCAUUGACAAAGGCUACUACGUUCCCUCUGAAAAGGCAAUCAAGCAUUCUCUCAAGCUCUCCAUCCUCGACCUGGCUAUUUCUCUCUUCACGUUUGCGCUCUUCGUCAACUCAGCUAUCCUCAUCGUUGCAGGCGCUGCGCUCUACAACAAUCCAAACGCUCGCGAUGCGGAUAUCUUCGGCAUUCACGAUUUGCUUUCCAAGUCUAUUUCGCCCGCUGCAGGCACCAUUUUUGCUCUCGCACUACUUCUCUCUGGAGUUUCGGCUGGAAUUGUUUGCACCAUUGCCGGCCAGAUGGUUAGUGAGGGCGCUCUGAACUGGAACAUCAAGCCAUGGCUGCGCCGUCUGGUGACUCGGAGCAUUAGUAUCACUCCGAGUAUCAUCAUUGCGGGGGCUGUUGGUCGCGAGGGCCUCAACGCAGCACUGAAUGGAUCACAGGUCGCACUGAGUAUCAUCCUGCCAUUUGUGACCGCACCACUUAUUUAUUUCACGUGCCGUGACAAGUACAUGACGGUUCAGACUGGUAGCGCGCGCUGGCGUACGGGAGACAUGGAUGAUGAGACGGACGCAGAAGGAAUAGUAGAAGCCGGAACGGCAGUCGGACGCCAAGGUAUCAAGAUGACCAACUCGUGGUUCACCAUGAUUCUGGCUAUUCUGAUCUGGCUCUUCAUGGCAAUCAUGAACGUGGCCAACUUGGUAUUCCUUGGCAAGUAGGCGGUGUGAUGGCCCCAUAGUUGCUCGGUGAGGAGCAACUGUGUAAAGUCACUGUUUUCUCAGGAGAGUAGAGGUCGUCCGUGGAGUCUUGAUUAUAUGAAUAUGCAGGCCAAGGAGCACAUAUCUAUUUUCU